AACUGUGAUGGCGUGACGGCGUCUGCGUCUCCUACUGCAGUCCACCUUUCCCUCUCCCUCUUCUUUCCCCCACCGCCGUCCCCGCCGCCGGGGAAACCGUCGUCAGCAGGGAUACACACGAGGAGAGCAGGAUGGGGAACGUCUUCGUCAAGAAGCCCAAGAUCACGGAGGUUGACAAGGCCAUCCUAGCCCUCAAGACGCAGCGCCGCAAGCUCGCGCAGUUCCAGCAGCAGCUUGAGAAGGUGAUUGAAGCAGAAAAGGAAGCUGCACGGCAGUUGGUUCAACAAAAGAAGAGAGAUAGAGCUUUGAUUGCCCUAAAGAAGAAGAAAUCCCAGGAAGAACUGCUGAAACAAGUCGACACAUGGCAAAUAAAUGUUGAACAGCAGCUGGCAGACAUUGAAUUAGCAAGUAAGCAAAAGGCUGUACUGGAAAGCCUAAAGACUGGAAAUGCAGCCCUUAAGUCUAUACAGAGUGAGAUAAAUAUCGAUGAUGUCCAAAAGUUGAUGGAUGACACAGCUGAGGCUAAGGCUUAUCAGGAUGAAAUAAAUGCUGCUCUGGGUGAACAGCUAUCUGCUGAAGACGAGGAGGCUGUCAUGGCAGAAUUCGACAACUUGGAAGCUGAGCUUUCACUGGAGUCUCUGCCAGAUGCUCCCAUUACUGAAGUUCGGCCUGAAGAGAAAACCAAAGUACCAGCUGACACUGAAGCUUCGGCUGAAGACAUUGACGAGGUUAUUGAGCUUCCUGAUGUACCCACUAAAGCACCAGAGAGGCCAGGAGCUCAAGAAAAAACAAAAGUUUUGGAAGAGCCAUUACCUGCUUAGUUGGAUGGAGCUGAGUUGAAUAGGGCACUCCAAAUCGUGCAGUCUGCAGGAGUUGUAAAGUAUCUGUCAUUUCAUUGUACUACCAGAAUUCUCUGCCACUCAUAAUUUUCAACAUGUACAGAAUCGAAAUAUCUUGUCCUCAGUUUAUCAAUUCAUGAGACAUUGGCGAAAUAUCUUGUCCGCAGUUUAUCAAUUCAUGAGACAUUGGCUUACAUGUUAUCAAUUUAA